AUGGGCCUAAACAUAACACAAACAAAGGGCACGGACCAAGUCAAACGCCGCCUCCCCCGGCCAGGACGUGGCGCCAAGCAAGCGAAUUCCACGUCAGGUCUGGCGGUGCACGACGAGUGCAAGGUGAAGUUCCAGGAGCUGAAGGCGCGGCGGAGCUUCCGGUUCAUCGUGUUCAGGAUCGACGAGAAGGCGAUGGAGAUCAAGGUGGAGCGCCUCGGCGAGCCCAGCGAAGGCUACGGCGAGUUCACCGACAGCCUCCCCACCGACGAGUGCCGCUACGCCAUCUACGACCUCGAUUUCGUCACCGUCGAGAACUGCCAGAAGAGCAAGAUCUUCUUCUUCUCAUGGUCUCCUGACACGGCGAGGACUCGGAGCAAGAUGCUGUACGCGAGCUCCAAGGACAGGUUCAGGCGGGAGCUGGACGGCAUCCAGUGCGAGAUCCAGGCCACCGACCCCAGCGAGAUGAGCUUGGACAUCGUCAAAAGCCGAACCAACUGAUCAUCCAUCACCACCACCACCAACAAGAUGAAGAGCAUGCAUCUCAGACCCGCUCAUUACUGAUUAAUUAAUUGCCCAUAAAAUAGUUGAUUUGGACUAUAUAUAUUUUCUUUUCUUACCAUACAUUUGGUUAGUGACGGAGCCACCAAGCAACCCAAAAAAGCUCAUCUCUUUCUUCUUCCUCCUCCAACCGCCUUCUUCUUCUUUCUCCUCUUCCUUUUUCAUAUCAUCUCCCUCCUCUUCUUUUUCUUCUCUUGCAAAAAAAUGGAGGGGGGCUCCAUAGUGUAGCGGGCACCAGUGGGGCACAAGCCCUCUGCUGCACCAUUGAAUCCACCCCUAUAUUUGGCCAUA